UUCCUUUCUUGGAAAGUAGACAACGAGGUACGUGGGAGAGAGAAAUUGAGAGGCAAAGAGAGAGAGAGGAAACCAGGCGGAAAGAAAAAAAACAAAACAAAAAGAGAGAAAAAGAGAGGAAGGGAUUCGGGCAAGAAGGCAGAGGCAAACCAAGAAAGAAGGCAACUUGAGAGGGUGACCGAACUGUGCUAAUUUAGGGAUUUCCUGUCUGGGUCAGUUAGGAUUUUAGUUGUUUUAGCUGUAGCCAUGUCUACCUCAUAUCUUCCUGCCACAACAGACUCUAUUGCUGGGGCUUUAGAAGCUAAAAGCCCAUCAGAGGCAAUUUCCAUGCUUUACCGUGUACUUGAGGACCCUUCAUCAACUUCAGAAGCUUUGCGCAUUAAGGAACAGGCCAUCACAAAUCUCUCUGACCUUCUUAGGCAAGAGAACAGAGCUGAGGAUCUUCGCAGUCUUCUUACUCAGUUAAGACCUUUCUUUUCCCUGAUUCCCAAGGCUAAAACUGCCAAGAUUGUCAGAGGAAUUAUUGAUGCUGUCGCCAAAAUACCAGGGACAUCUGAUCUUCAAAUUGCUCUUUGCAAGGAAAUGGUCCAAUGGACACGUGCCGAGAAGCGUACUUUCCUAAGGCAGAGAGUUGAGGCAAGACUUGCAGCCCUUUUGAUGGAAAACAAGGAGUAUUCAGAAGCUUUGACGCUUCUUACUGGUUUGGUCAAAGAGGUGAGGAGGUUAGAUGACAAGCUGCUACUUGUGGACAUUGAUUUACUGGAGAGUAAGCUGCACUUUUCAUUGAGAAAUCUUCCAAAGGCAAAAGCUGCCCUGACUGCUGCAAGGACGGCUGCAAAUGCUAUUUAUGUACCUCCGGCUCAACAAGGCACCAUAGAUUUGCAAAGUGGCAUUCUUCAUGCUGAAGAGAAAGACUACAAAACUGCUUACAGUUAUUUCUUUGAAGCAUUUGAGUCCUUCAAUGCUCUUGAAGAUCCCAGGGCAGUAUUUAGUCUGAAAUACAUGCUGCUGUGCAAGAUCAUGGUCAGCCAAGCUGAUGAUGUGGCUGGGAUAAUAUCUUCAAAGGCGGGACUGCAGUAUGUGGGGCCAGAACUGGAUGCUAUGAAAGCGGUUGCUGAUGCUCAUUCCAAGAGGUCCUUGAAGUUGUUUGAAACUGCUCUGCGUGAUUACAAGGCCCAACUGGAGGAAGACCCAAUUGUACACAGGCACCUGUCAUCCCUCUAUGACACCCUUCUCGAACAAAACCUGUGUAGGUUAAUAGAGCCUUUCUCAAGGGUUGAAAUUUCUCACAUUGCUGAGCUGAUAGAAUUGCCGAUUGAACAUGUGGAGAAAAAGUUGUCUCAGAUGAUUCUGGACAAGAAAUUUGCCGGUACCUUGGAUCAGGGUGUUGGAUGCCUCAUCAUAUUUGAAGAUCCAAAGGCUGAUGCCAUCUAUUCUGCCACUCUAGAAACCAUUGCUAACAUGGGAAAGGUGGUGGACAGCCUCUAUGUCAGGUCUGCCAAGAUCAUGACAUAACUGCUGCUGCUGUUUUCACGCUUGAUUGUUAGCAGUCCUGAUUCUGCUUCAUGGGACCUUUAUAUGUUUCCAGUUUAAUGACACAAUAGAGACUUGUUGCAAUUAUUUGAAGUUGGAACAAACAUUUUACUAAUUAUGGAAAAUGUUCUUUACUUUUGGUUCUGCUGGUUCAA